CAUCCCUGGGCGGGACGCAUCUCCCUGGGCUGUUAUCAGUCCCAGAGUCCACAGGACGCUCCCCGGGUUAACGUGUAACCGCACGCCCGCCCUCCACCCCCAAAGCCACUGGUGCCCGGGCUCCAGCCACUCUGUGGGGGGGUCUCAGGCUGUCAUGGACGUCCGGAAAGAGGGGCCGCCCCGCAACGCUCGCUCCUCGGCCCAACAGCCGCACCUGGGCAGCCUGAGCCCCUUCCUCCUCACCUGCACCGCCUACUUCCUCCUCUGGAUCCCUGAGGACCCGCCGUCCAGGGUGGGCGCCCUGGUCAAGUGCCUGCCGGUGCUGAGCCUGGUGGGGCUCCUGCGGGCCGGCCCCGGGGGGCGCUCCAGCCUCCGCCUGCAGGUGGCCCUGCUCCUCUCGGCCCUCGGGGAUGCCUGCCUCAUCUGGCCCGAGAGCUUCCUCUAUGGCGCCCUCUCCUUCGGCCUGGCCCAGCUGCUGUACGCCUGCGCCUUCGGGUUCAGUCCCCUGCGGCCCGGCCUCCUGCUGCCCAUCGUCCUGGCCUCCCUCCCGUUCUCCGGUCUCCUGCUGCUGCACCUCCCGCCAGACCUGGUGCUGCCCCUGUCGGCCUACGCGCUGGCCCUGUCCACCAUGCUGUGGCGCGGCCUGGCCCGGGGCGGGAGCGCCCGCUGGGGCGCCCUGCUCUUCACCGCCUCCGACUCCCUGCUGUCCUGGCACACCUUCAUCCGGCCGCUGGCCCACGGCCGCCUGCUGAUCAUGGCCACCUACUACGCCGCCCAGCUGCUCAUCACCCUGUCGGCCUUCCAGAGCCCCAAGCUCAAGACCCACUGAUCAGGAGCCCCGACGGGCCGGCGUCCGCCCACUCCGCUCCUGCAGGGACCCGGGCCUUCCAGCCGGGCCUUCCAGC